AGCUACUGUGUGUCAAAUAAUAAUAAGGGGUUUCUAACCUCGUAUCGGAUAUCAUGGAAAAUUUUCUCGUCACAUCCAGGAAAACACUGAAGAAUUUGACGGAAUACGAAGAAAUUUGGGUGAUUCUCGGUAACGAAACGUGCGAUCUAGACUCGGCAGUUUGUUCGCUCGUUCUCGGAUUAUUCGUCCAUUCCAUGCUUGAAAAAACAGGCACAAAGAACUUUGGAGUGAUACCCGUGCUGAAUAUUCCUAAACGAGAAUUUAAAAUUAAAACCGAAGUGGUUUUUUACUUACAACAUCAUGGCAUCCAUCUGGAAGACUUAACGUACAGAGAUGAAAUAAAGCUAAAUAAUGUGUCGAAUGAGAAAAAAUUGAAACUCUGCCUGGUGGAUCAUCAUACUCUGAACGAACAGGAUACGUCAUUGGCAGAUUCAGUUGUCCAAGUAAUCGAUCACCGACCUCAAGACCCGAAUUGGCUGUGGACAGGCAGGGAUAUUAAUUUGGAAAAGGUCGGCAGUUGUGCGACACUCGUUGCCAAACGAAUAUUUGAGGAAAAUCCGGCUAUUAUCGAUUCCCAAAUCUCGAAUUUAUUGCAAGGUCCGAUCCUUGUGGACACAUGUAAUUUGUCGGCAGAGGCGGGGCGUGCAACGAGCCUCGAUAUUGAAAUAAUGGAAAAAUUGGAGUCACUGAUGCAGAAAAAAGGGACGAAAACUCGUGAUGAAAUUCACUCGUUAAUACUUAAUGCAAAAACUGACAUCAGCUCUCUAUCGCCUGAGGAUCUACUCAUAAAAGAUUUGAAAUAUGUAAAUGGAAUUCCAAUGGCUGGAUUUCCAAUUCUCGUGGAGGAAUUCUUGAAUUUAAAUCGCGCCCUGGAUGCCGUGAAUUCGUUUACAAGCGAAAGGGAAUGCAGAAUCACGAUUCUACUUGGGAUGGAUUUUAAGAGGGACGUGGUGAAGCGAGACCUCGCUGUCUUUUCCUUCUUGCCCAAUGAGCUGGAAAAUAGAAUACGAGUGGCUUUGGAGCAGUCAGACUACAACCUGGAGAAUAUCAGUACAAAAUUGAAAGAAAAUUGGUGCCUGAGGCUGUACAAACAGGGCGACCUGCGGGCAACUCGCAAGCAAAUACUGCCGAUUAUACAAAGCGCAACGGCCAUCCACCAAUGUUGACCAUACACCACUCUCUCUAUAACCCUUUGCCUUUCCCUUUCCAUUUCCUCCCUUUCCUCCCUUUCCUCCCUUUCCUCCCUUUCCUCCCUUUCCUCCCUUUCCUCCCUUUCCUCCCUCUCCUCCCCCUCCGCCCUCUCCUGCCCUGUCCCCUUGUCCUCUGACUGAGCAUUAACAGUGAUACACAACUACCUUCCUCCCUUUCUCCCUUUCUCCCUUUCUCCCUUCUACUUUCACAGAUUCAACUAGCAGACCAACUACACUAUGCAAACCCUACCCUAAACAUUCAACAUUGUGUUAAAUUAAUUAAGAGGCCUUCUUAUCAAAUUACAUCCUGCUCACUCCACCCUUCUUCCUGCUUUAUCAUUCAGACUUCAUUAAAAUAUCAUUCAAGUGGAUUUUGUAAACUUCCUCAUUUUCUAAUUCAUCGUCCUCAAAUGUAAAAAUUAUCAACAAAUAAUAAAUUCUUAAUUUAUGCAAUACUGCAAUGAAGUAAUGGAGUACAACAGAAGUUAUUGUGAAUUACGGACUAAUUAUUGUUCUCAUUUGUAGUUCUUAUAGUUGUUACAGUUCGUGGAUUUAAUUUUCUUUGUGAGAAUAAAAAUUUAUUGGGAAAAUUUAGAUUAUCAUUU